GGCUUCAUUCAUAAGACUGAGAGCUACGGCCAAGGCUGGGACACGCGGAGCUGAGACUUGAUUGUUGUGGUUCUUCGUCUUGGGGGCUGUGAAAUUGUUUUUUUUUUUUCCGGAAAGUUUUUGGAAGGAUUCUUCUAGAUAACUCUACAUUUUAUUUUGGAGGAUCGACUUACUUUUGUUCGUCUUCCUUAUUACUCCCCUCCCCCCGUGGGACCCGCCGGACGCGUGGAGGGGACCGCACCCGAAGCAGAUUCUGUACAGCAGGACAGAGAUUUCCGCCUCUGGGGGAGCGAUCCCCCCUCGCCCCCGGGUCCUACGGAGCCUGGACUUUCAGGAGGCACAGCGGCAUCUUGUGGGGGCCUGGGCACCGCAAAAGAAUUACACAGAAACUUUGCCUUUGUUGGAGCGGGACGCUGCCCCCAUCCCGAGUUUCCCCGGACUCUCACCUUUCUUUCCCCCACCCGGCCAUAGCCUUGGCUUCCCGGCGACCUCAGCGUGGUCACAGGGGGCCCCCUGUGCCCAGGGAAAUGUUUCAAGCUUUCCCCGGAGACUACGACUCAGGCUCCCGGUGCAGCUCCUCACCCUCCGCCGAGUCUCAAUAUCUGUCUUCGGUGGACUCCUUCGGCAGUCCACCCACCGCCGCCGCCUCCCAGGAGUGCGCCGGUCUUGGGGAAAUGCCCGGUUCCUUCGUGCCCACGGUCACCGCGAUCACAACCAGCCAGGACCUCCAGUGGCUCGUGCAACCUACCCUCAUCUCUUCCAUGGCCCAGUCCCAGGGGCAGCCACUGGCCUCCCAGCCCACAGCCGUUGACCCCUAUGACAUGCCAGGAACCAGUUACUCCACGCCGGGCAUGAGUGGCUACAGCAGUGGCGGAGCUAGUGGCAGUGGUGGGCCUUCCACCAGCGGAACCACCAGCGGACCUGGGACUGGACCUGGGCCCCGCCCAGCCCGAGCCCGGCCUAGGAGACCCCGAGAGGAGACGCUCACUCCGGAGGAGGAGGAGAAGAGAAGGGUUCGCCGAGAACGAAACAAACUGGCAGCGGCAAAGUGUAGGAACCGGCGAAGGGAGCUGACUGACCGACUCCAGGCGGAGACAGACCAGCUGGAGGAAGAAAAGGCGGAGCUGGAGUCGGAGAUCGCCGAGCUCCAAAAGGAGAAGGAACGUCUGGAGUUUGUGCUGGUGGCCCACAAACCGGGCUGCAAGAUCCCCUACGAAGAGGGGCCCGGGCCUGGCCCGCUGGCGGAGGUGAGAGAUUUGCCGGGGUCAGCAUCCACUAAGGAAGAUGGUUUCAGCUGGCUGCUUCCGCCCCCGCCACCACCGCCCCUGCCCUUCCAGACCAGCCAAGACGCACCCCCCAACCUGACAGCUUCUCUCUUUACACACAGUGAAGUUCAAGUCCUCGGCGACCCCUUCCCCGUUGUUAACCCUUCGUACACUUCCUCGUUUGUCCUCACCUGCCCGGAGGUCUCCGCGUUCGCCGGCGCCCAACGCACCAGCGGCAGUGACCAGCCUUCCGACCCCCUGAACUCGCCCUCCCUUCUCGCUCUGUGAACUCCUUAGACAAAAAACAAACAAACACACAAGGGAGAGAGAGAUUUGGAGGAGGAGGAGGAGGAGGAGGAGGAGAGAGGGGAAGAGACAAAGCGGGUGUGUGGCCUCCCUGCCUCUCCUGUCUGACCCUCUGCCGCCACUGCCAUCGGACAGGAGGACUUCCUUGUGUUUUGUGCCGCCUCUUGUUUCUGUGGCCCGGCGAGACCAGAGAGCUGGUGACUUUGGGGACAGGGGGUGGGGAGGGGAUGGACACCGCCCCCGGGCUGCCUGUCGGCCGUCUUGCUUCAACCCAACCUCUGGGGAUGGGGGAGUGGGGGCGGGGUGAUGCCCACCUUUGGGCUGGAGGGAAAGUCGUGCUGGCGGUGGGCUUUGGGGUGAGCUGUAGUCCUCUGCAGAGAGGCCCAACAAGGAAAUGCCACAGGACCCCCAAAGAGUCUCCCACGCCCACCCUUCAAGGGGUGACCAGGCUGGUUCUCCCUGCUCGCCCCCCACCACGACCUUAGCUUAUUUAUCUAACAUUUCCAUGUGGGUAGAUCCUCCUCUGAAUUGAGCCCCUCUUUAAAGGGAAGUUGACGCCCCCCCCCCAUGAUGAGCCCCUUCUCCCCCACCCAGACUUAGUCUGAAAUGUGAACCUCCCUCCCUUGACCGUCCAGCUGCUGCCUCCCAGCGAGACUGGCUCUGAUUUAAAUUCCCUGAACCCUAAGGAUCCCCCGCACAUUCAGCCCCCAGCCCUCUUUUCGGAUUACAGUGUUAGUCUACCCUCCCCCACCGCCCGUCAGCCUCCCCUCCGGGCCUUCCUUGUUGGGCCCCUCGGAUUCAGGCAGCAGGGGGUGCUGUGACGCCUGUCCCGCGGGAGUGUUUUAUACUGUGAAAUGAGUUGGCCGGAUUGGGCGGGGGGAGGAGCCCGGUGGGGCCGAACCCCUCCGGAGGGACUGUGCCGCCCACUCCCCGAAGCCCUUCCGUGGUCUCCCCUCCCCCACCUGCCUCCUCCUCCCCUC